AUGGAGCGAACGAAACGAUCCGCCGGCAGAUGCCCACCCAUCACGGAGAUAUUCAGCCUAAGAGCAUCUCCAGUCGCGUCCCCCAAAGCGUCCCCCAAAGGGAUUUGGGGCGCGCCGGAUAAAAAAAGCGUUCCAGCCGCGUCCCUCAAAGCCCAUUUUUGUCCGGCGCGGCCCGAUACGGUGUCCGGCGCCCCGAGCCCGUCCCCGUCCCACAGGGGACGCUCGGGGGACGCCGGACACAACGAAAAGCGAGGCGGGCUCCCACAUGUCGGCGACUAUUUGCAUAAACCGUUGGUUCGCGCCUCUUUUCUCGUCGCUCCUUCCUUCCCGCGCCUCCCACCCCACCGCCGCCGCUGGAUUUCCCGGCCGUUUGGGCGUCUGAUCUCUGCUGAGAGUCGGCACCGUUGUCGCGGCUCGGGCUCCCGCCGGUCGUGCCGCCGCCGCGUCGCCAGCGCGUCCCAGAACGCGCCGUCAAAUCCGCCCCACCUCCGCGCACAGAAGGUGCUCGACGACUUGCCAGCCAUGGACAGCGACGAUGAGAUGGUUGCCCUGCUGCUGGAGGACGAGCAAGCGUUCGACGACGACCUGCGGGAGCAUUUGCUGAUCAUCGCGUCCCUCCAGGACAUGCUUGACGCUGAGGCGGAGAAGAGGAAGAGGCCGCCUAUUGUGGGUGCUAAUAGAAGUGAAUGUUUCCUUCAUUUUGUUGAGAGAAUUCUACAAAGGAUUAAAGGAUGGAAGGAGAAAAUGCUUCCUAUAGGAGGAAAAGAGGUUUUGAUUAAGGCAGUAAUCCAGAGCAUUCCUGUUUACUUCCUCCUGCCUAAAAAUGUUUGCAAGAAAAUAACUGAUAUUAUUGCCCAAUACUGGUGGGGUGAUGAUGAAAAGGGGAAGAAAAUGCACUGGUAUGGAGGUUGA